AGGAUGGAAGAAGAAACGUAGAUACUUAUGAAGACGGCGUCGAUUCAGACAACGACUUCUACCAACAUAAGAAACGAGAAGGCGUCAACGGAGCUCCGGCGAGCACACUUCUGGUUAGUGCCUGUUUUGCUUUUGAUGUAUGUUGCUAUAGGCACCGGAUAUUACGGCAUACAGCAAUGGGUGCAGCGUUUUAUAGUGAUACGCUCCGGAAUGGACACAGACAACCUGACGAAUACAGUGGGCUGCGAUGAACAAACAAACACUUCCGGUUACGCUGCGCACAGUCGCUUGGAGCAGGACACAACACAGUGGGAGAUGUACGUCUCCCUGGCAACAACUGUCCCAGCGUUUUUCGCCUCAAGACUGAUUCCCUCUUAUUCGGACAGCUUUGGUCGUAAAUACCUGUUUAUACUGGGCAUUACCAGCACCACGCUAAGACUCGGUCUAACUGCUGUGUGCAUAUAUUUGCAGUUGGACCAUAUCUGGAUAGUUGUAGCCGCAGUUGUUGAUGUUAUGACAGGCGGAUUUUACACGAUCAUAUCCGCAUCAAUGUCUUUCAUCGCUGACAUCACACCCUCAGGGAGUAAGCGACUCAAGGCUAUAACCGUGAACGACGGGCUCAUGAUGACUUGUAUAACUUUGUCAGGCGUCGGAUCUGGAUUUUUCAUACAAUACGAAGGGUUCCUACUACCAAUGGUAUCUUGCUGUGGUUUAUGUGUCGUUGCUUUCUUUACAGCUGUCUGUUUCUUGCCUGAAACCCACAUGAAACAUCACCGGACUAAGCCGAAGUCAGCUCUGGGCAUGUUCAAACGUAUGACUCAUAUUCAUACCAAUAUUUAGCGCUUUCAAGAAGAGAAGAUCUGCAUACCUGAUACUGAUCACAGCGUACUUCUUUCAGGAGCUUGUCAGUUCCCACCGCAGUUUCAUCGAGAUUCUCUACCAGCUUGGGCGGCCGUUCUGC